GAUUACUUCACUUGAAACAGCACAGCUUAGCUGCCAGGAGAGUCCCGCGCUUUGACUUGCUCAAUUCUUUGUCUCGGCUCAACUCUACGCACGCUUGACGCUACGUUGCUCAAGGCCUGUACACACUACUUUGCUCCAGCAACAAGGAAUAAUGCAAGGCCUGCGUGGCCCAGUGCUCGGCGGGGCACCGCACCAGCAGGUGCCCGCCUGCUCCAGUUUUACUGCUCUGGUCCGGCCGCUGCGAUGCCGCGGAGUGCGCAUGGCGCCCCGCCUAAGCGCGGUCUCGGAGUCUGCAAACGGGAAGGUCCGCACAAAACAGCUGCGAUUCUAUUACUUCGACCCUGCCAACCCAGAGGACGUUCGUGAAGUAGUAGCAAAGCAGCAGGACAGCAAAAGUGGGCACCAUCACAACGGAAAUGGGAACACCAACGGCUACGCCAAUGGCAAUGGCAACGGCAAUGGCGUGCACAUCAGCAACGGGCACACAAUAGCGGCGCCAACGCAGUUGGUCGUUAAGGAGGCUGGGAAAGACUCAAUGCAGCUGCAGCGCCUAUCUACGCAGCUAGAGGAGGCGCGCGCAGCAGUCGCAAAGCUGCAGCAGUAUGAGGUGCUGUACAAGGAGUCGCGCAUGCGGACCAAGCAGAUGCAGGCGGAGGUGACUGCGUUGCAGCAACUGCUGGCGGACAAGGACGCGGAGCUGGCCCGGCAGUACAAGCGCAUGGAGAACGAGGCGAUGGAGCGCAGCGGCCUGCGCAGCCAAUUCACCACGGCGGUGGACGAGGUCAAGUCCCUGCGCAACGAGCUGGAGGAGGCGCGGCAGGCCAUGCUGGAGCUGCGGGGCGUGAUCCCGCCCAACGUGAUCACCCGCCGCGGCGCACCGCGCGGCGCGCUGGACGAGAGCGCGGCGGUUGGCCUCGGCAAGGACGAGAUGGGGUCGCCGGACGUGCUGGCGUCGCUGCAGGGGCUCGCCAAGCAGCUGGCAGAAGGCAUGGAGCAGGAGGUGGGCAGCCUCUUUGGCGGGUCCGGCAAGCGGGACUGAGCGGCACGAGCGGCAGGCCUGGCGUUGCUGCGCCGCGCAUUGCAGGCGCACGGCCGUGGCCCGGCGUGUGUGGUUGGGACAUGCGGGUUUUUUUGGGGGGGGGCAGGGGCAGCCAUUCAUGGCAACGGAGGCGUGGGGUUCAGGGGCUGGCAGAAGGUUGGUGCGGGGCGGUUGGUUGGCGAGCCGUGCCCCGAUGCGGCGAUGAGAUUCGGAGGCAUUUUGGUUGACAGUCCCCCCCUGGGCUCCUACAUUUGGAGAGGAUGUAGGCGGCAGCGAUGUGUAGGAUAGGCCUGAGGUCGCGGUAGAGAGAGCUGCAUCGUCCAUGAAAGUGCGUGUGGUGUUAGUCGGUCCGUUUAGGUUCAUGGGAUGCCUUUCGAGACGUGACGCGGUGUAUGGAUUUCUCUCAACCUGAGGAGCUGAUGCGGAGCUGUGCGGCGUCCGUCGUGCAUGUACAGAGAUAAGAACGGCGAACAAACAUAAGCUCUAGUGUCCAGACCGAGGUGAGAGACCGAGGUGGGUUUUAUUUGCGCUGUGGAGUGCGAUUGUGUUGUUGGCCGCGGGAUGGUGGGCACAUGCGCAACUCGCCAUCCGUCGCCACGGGUACACACCACGCGGUUUAUCGGUGUUGAUCAGUGUGUGGAUAUUGGCAGGAAGUUAAGUGUAUGUCCGCUCGCCGGCAUUUAUGGCCCAAGUGUAGUUUGUGCAUUGGUUGCCGUGACAAGCGUGUCGGCAUUAGGAGGGCUGCUGUGCGCGUGCGCGUUUGUGCGCCUAGUGCCCUGAAUUCAGUAUGAGUCUCAAGUGGCGGUGGCAGGCGCAGCCUGGCAUCCAGGAACAACAACAGUACGGUAAGAAACUUUGCGAUGGUGAUGAUUCGCACUCUAUGACCCGUACCAUGAUAUUCUUGUUGCGUUAAGUUGGGCAGAUGUUGGAAGGAACUUCCGACCUUGCCAGGUGCACGUGCAGGUUGCUGUGUGAAGAGAACCUUCGGCAAUAUGACUGCAAUAUGUGAUAAGGCGACCGCACCGUGCAAGACAUUUGUAAACCAUUGUUGUU